CCUACCGGGUAAAGGUCCAUUCUCUCCGCGGAUCUCCGUCCUCUUUCUGGGAGGAGAGGGAGAUUUCCCAGAAAGGAGCAGAAGGAAAAUUUGUGUCACAAGCGGGCUUACCUAACCAAAAACAAAGCAGCAACUGCACGAGAAAAACGUUUUCCUUUUCUAUAUCUGUUUAAUUUUCCUUGUUUCCAUUCUUAUUUUCUUUUCACAUCUAUUUGCCUUUUGGUUCUUGGUUGACGUUUAUUGUUUCUGGGAUAUUUCAUCUGGGAUCUCGAUUGCGAAAUUUAAUUGAUUUUGUGGGCUUUUGGCCGAUAUUUUUUGCUGGACCCUUUCGAAAUCACAACUCUGUUUACCUGCAAUCUAAGGUUCUUCAUAAACUACUCUGAAUUUCACUUCAAUGUCGAAAUCCAAUUACUUCGUGAAAUCUUGCCCAUAAAUACUUCUGGGUUUGCUUCAAAAUUGCAAUUUCCUUCACCCAUAACCUGUUUUUCCACCUCAUUUUGGAUAUUGUUUGUGUUUUUGUAAUUUUUGGCCUGAAGAUCGGUCUGGGUGUGCUUCAGACUCAGUAAUAUCACCAUCCAGAACCUCAGUUGCCUCCACAAAGUAUGGUUUCCUUGUCCGGUUCAAUUUUAUUUCCUGCUACUGUACCGCAUGGCUGUAAUAGAUUCUCUAUUUUGAGUACGGACACAAUCUCUUCUUUCUGCUAUAAGCAGAGAAAGGUUGUUUGCGCUUGUAUGGCACCUCCGCGGAACAUGGGCAACAAUGAAUAUCCAGCAACCAAAUUCACUAAUUUGUAUAAUUCAGAGCAAUUUGGGGCGGUAUUGGAACCAGAGGAUGAUUCUGAUAUCCUAAUUGAAUGUAGAAAUGUCUACAAGUCGUUUGGGGAGAAGGAUAUACUGAGAGGUGUGAGCUUCAAGAUUAGACAUGGUGAAGCAGUUGGUAUAAUUGGACCUUCAGGGACUGGGAAAUCUACAAUAUUAAAGAUCAUUGCCGGACUUCUUGCUCCAGACAAGGGUGAGGUCUUUAUCCGAGGUAGAAGGAGAGAUGGUUUAAUCAGUGAUCAGGAUAUGUCAGGGCUUCGAAUUGGACUGGUGUUCCAAAGUGCAGCACUUUUUGAUUCUUUGACUGUACGUGAAAAUGUUGGUUUCCUUUUAUAUGAAAACUCAACCAUGGGACAGGAACAAAUCUUAGAGAUUGUGAAAGAAACAUUGGCUUCAGUAGGUUUGAAGGGGGUUGAGGAUCGAACACCUUCAGAGCUGUCUGGUGGGAUGAAGAAAAGAGUUGCCUUAGCUCGAUCUAUAAUUUUUGAUAUCACAAAGAAAUCAAUAGAGCCAGAGGUGCUUUUGUAUGAUGAGCCAACUGCUGGACUUGAUCCAAUUGCAUCGACUGUAGUUGAAGAUCUUAUUCGUUCUGUCCAUAUGAUAGGAGAGGAUGCACUGGGGAAGCCAGGGAAAAUUGCAUCUUAUGUGGUUGUUACUCAUCAGCAUAGUACCAUUAGGAGGGCUGUUGACAGGUUGUUGUUUCUUUAUAAAGGAAAGAUCGUUUGGCAAGGGAUGACUCAUGAAUUCACCACAUCAAGCAAUCCAAUUGUUCAACAGUUUGCAUCAGGGAGCCUGGAUGGGCCAAUCAGAUAUUAGGACACAAACCGUGGAGUGCUUACGUAUUGGAAUUUCAAGAAUUCUUAGAAGCAUGCACUUGCAAAUUUUGGCGAUGUCCUCCUGAUCUAGACUUGGUACGUGUCUUGUAGCUGACCAAAACACUUUAGUCUCAAAAGAAAUUAAACCCGUCCACCCUGAUUUACGAGAGAUGGGAAUUUAAUAUUUAGAAAAGAGGGAGGAGAAGAAAGAAAGAGAAAGAAAUGUAUCCAUUAUUAUUUUUUGUAGUUUGUAAUUCAGUUCAUAAUAUUAGGCCAUCUUUGUUGGCUUCCAUCAUAGGUAGGGACAGCACGUUAUAGACACACUAACAUUUCUAUAUAUGUCCCAGUUUACAUAAUUAAAGAUGUUCAUUCUCUAUUUUAUAUUUAAUAUAUGUUUUUGCUUUUCCUUGGAAAA